AUGGGUCCUUGGUUCAUUUUUGGCCACUUCUUAUCAGUCCAAAAAUGGGAGCCAAACUUUCUUGCAUCAGAAGCAAAAAUAUCAAAAACGGCGGUAUGGAUUCGUCUUCCUCAGUUACCAACGGAAUUCUAUGAUAGUGUAAUCUUACAAAAAAUUGGCAACAAAAUUGGCAAGCUCCUAAAAGUUGAUGCAUGCACUUCCUCAACCCUUAGAGGAAGAUAUGCUAGAUUAUGUGUCGAAUUGCCGUUGAAUAUCCCAGUAGCCCAUUCCAUCUACAUCGGAUCACACAAACAAUCUAUACAUUAUGAAGAUGGGAAUCUUCUCUGUGUUAAAUGUGGAAGGCUUGGGCAUGUUCAAUCCAAAUAUAAUUUUAAACUAGUCUUUAAUGCCCCCUCCCCAGUUGCUUUAGACUCUACUGUCCACCAAUCCAAUGAACAAAAUGUACCAGUCCAGUGUGCCAAUGAAGAUUUAAGGCAUUCCAACAAAGAAGAAAAGUGGGAAACAGUGAUCUUCCCAACAAAAAAUAAGGCCAAUCAAAGGAUGAAUUCAGAUAUUAUUAAUGAUCAAAUCAAACCUUUGUCAGAAACCAUAGUUUCUUCUUCAGAAAGCCCUUACACUCCCCUUAAUAUAAAUCACUCCUCUACAAACAAUUAUGCCAAGAAUUCCAGUAUCUCAACGAAGACGCUAUCGCCUAGUCCAAAUCUUAAGGCAUCAAAGAGCACAUACUAUGGUCAACCCUCUGAUUCCCCUAGCAGCCCAAACGACCAACCAAAUAUACUUUGUCCAAUCCCCUCUUCUCCAAGAUCACCAGCCCCUCUCCUGGAUAGAGCAAGCUUUGAUGGGGCAUGCAAUAUCAUUCAACAUGAUACUGGACGGACAAGAGACAGUUAUUGUGCUUCAAAACUCUCACUUCCUUGCCGAGCUAAUAUCAGAGGGGAUGCAUAUGGCAAUGAGCAACUACUUCAACCAUGUAUGGUUGAACAACAAACUCCAUCCCCUAGCUCCAUCCAUGAACUCUAA